AUGGAGUCCUCGGAUGAGGAGAUCUCUGAUGAGGAGCUCAUCGACAUUGAGCCAGUAGACGACCGCUGUGCGGAGCUCAGCAGGUUGAGCGAAUUGCUCGAGGUGUCUGUGUCCGAGGCUUCCCGACUGCUGCGCAGCUGCAACGAGUCCAGCGAGCUCCUGAUGGAACGCUAUCUUGAGGACGCGUCGCUCGUCCGGCGUGAGGCGGGCCUCUCCGAGGUGGCAUCGGAGAGUCCUGCUGAGGACGUAGUACCAAUGCGGCUGCCCAAUGCACAAGGGCAGUCAAGCACCGUGGCCAUCUGCUUGGGCGACGGCGGCAGCGUACACGCUGCUCGAAGCGUUGUGCGUCAGUGCCUUACCAUGGCACAUAUGCUGGAUGAGGGUGACUCCGCAGCGGCACGGGUCGGGUUGCCUCUCCUCGAGCACUCUGACGAGCCUGCUCUGGGCCUGCUGCUGCGCUGCUGCGAGCUCAUUGACCAGUCGCAGCAGCCGCUUGUGCUGCGGCUGCGCGGUAUCGUCGAGCCGCAGGUGGACGCGCUCGACGAUGCCAAGUUCAUGCGCUUGGUAGUUGUUGCCAACUAUCUCGCCGUACCCGAUGCCGUGAUCGCUCUGCUCGUCGACGCGCUGGCCUGCCGGCUCUCGUCUUGCCUCAGUUCUGCACGGGUGCGAGAGCGCUUUGGCGGCGCGGCCGACUUGAGCGAGGUGGAGGCCCUGCACUCGCUGCAGGAGCCUCUGCUGACCGAGGAGGAGCACGCUGAGGAGGUUGGAGGUGGCACGCACCUGUCGGGCGUGAUUGGCGAGCAUGACUUGUUGCUGCGCGCGCUCUCACAGCUCCCCGAGGCAAAGCUGCGCAUGCUCAAGGGAGUCGAUCGCGGCAUGCGAGCCGCCGCGCGUGCCGUGCUGUGUAGUGCCGUGUGGCAAGCGGCCAACCUAACGAUCAGCGACGUGCACGUCGAGCUGCUCCAUCUACCGGCCGCCGCUCGGUGCGCCCGUCUGCUCCAGUACUAUCAGCCUCUUCCAGUGCCGGAGCAGCCUGCAAUGCCGCUGCUCAGAGCCACCAAGCCACUCCUGACGACCGUCGAGGGGUGUGAGCUGCUCUACUCGCUCAGCCGUGACGAGCAGGCAGACGAGCUGCUGCGCCUCCUGCUGGUGCAGCAUAGGCUGUCAGCGAACGAGCAGAGGUUCGUGAUGCUGCACGCGUGCCUCGGCGGGCGGCUGCCUCAAGUCGGAACGCUCCUGGCCGCAGCACCGCAGCUCGCCUUGGGAAGGUGCCCAGACCUCAAGCAGGUGAUGCACACGUGCAAGCGUGCCGCAGCUUUGGGCUGCCGAUUAGGGACAGAUCGCCACCUGGUGGUUGGGGACAUGUCACGCCUGAUCCCGAAUGCGACCGAUUCUCAUUCGUUUCUGCAUGUGGCAGCCACAGCAGAGGUGGCACGAUGCCUCGUCGAGGCGGGUGCAGAUGUCGAGGCGAUAGGCUGCAUAGGCCAUCGGCCGCUGCACACGGCAGCCCACUUUGGGCACACGACCACUGUGGCAUAUCUGCUGUCGAUUGGCGCUGAUCCCACCGUGCGCUCAUCGUGCCAGUUGCGUGAGACGCCACUGAACAUUGCCGAAAACAUUGGGUCCGUGGAGGUGGCACAGAUACUACGCGAUGCGCUCUCCUGAGUUGGAGUUGUUUAUGUCUGCCCACGGAUCCGCGUCGUCCGUUUUCAUAUUCAAAGCAUAUAUUCCAACUUCCGGCAGCCGCUGGAUGAAACUGGCUGAAAUCGCCCUGUGGGGGCGGCAGCGGCGACCGCCCCGGGGGCGGCAGCGGUGACCGCCCCGGGGAAUAUGUUUAGCGACUCCCACCCCCAAGGAAGUUCUGAUAGACAUGUCCAGGACUCUGUGGCUCCGAAGUAGCGUGUGCGUCGAAGCCACAAGAGGGGCGCUGGCUACGUCGGAGAAUUGGUGGGGGGUGGGGGGUUCGCGUAUUUUGUUUUCUUAAUAGUUCUGGGAGCAAA